AUGGUUAAACCAAUUAUUGCCCCUAGUAUUCUUGCAUGCGAUUUUGCCAACUUGGGUUGUGAAUGCCAUAAAGUCAUCAAUGCAGGUGCAGACUGGCUACACAUAGAUGUCAUGGAUGGUCAUUUCGUUCCAAACAUUACACUAGGACAACCAAUCGUUACUUCCUUGCGUCGUUCAGUUCCUCGUGGCGAUGACCCCAACAACACUGCAAACAAACCAGCUGCAUUCUUUGAUUGCCAUAUGAUGGUUGAAAACCCUGAACGUUGGGUAGAGGAUUUUGCUAAAUGUGGUGCAGAUCAAUUUACCUUCCACUACGAAGCUACGAAAGAUCCAGUAUCCCUUGUCAAGUUAAUCAAAUCUCAUGGCAUCAGAGCUGCAUGUGCAGUUAAACCAGGUACACCAGUCGACGUUCUAUUCGAAUUAGCACCUCAUUUAGAUAUGGCACUAGUUAUGACUGUCGAACCAGGAUUUGGUGGCCAAAAAUUUAUGGCCGAUAUGAUGCCUAAAGUUGAGACUCUAAGAUCAAAAUUUCCACAUUUAGACAUCCAAGUUGACGGUGGUCUUGGUAAAGCUACAAUCCCACAGGCUGCCGAAGCCGGUGCCAACGUCAUUGUCGCAGGUACCAGUGUCUUCACCGCAACGGAUCCAGAAGAAGUUAUUUCAUUCAUGAAAGGUGAAGUUUCUAAAAACUUGGAAUCCAGAAAAUUGCUAACCUAA